CGCACUGAGUGCGCAUGCUCCCUGCAUCCUCUCCACAUCUCCACACGUCCACGGACUUGGAAGCUUGAAUAAAGAUGCUCAACGCCUCGGGUCGCUGGAUCCUUGUCACCGGGUGAAAUAGAGUAGCGUGGACGCACGCACACGCGCACGCACACACACACACUGAGAGGAGCCGUGUACAAUUUAGCUGCAGGACUCUCCUCCUCCUCCUCUUCUUCUUCUUCUUCUUCCUUCUCUUCCUCCUCCUGUUUUCCACCGACAUGGAAAUGAAGAAAUCUAUUUCGGACAGCGAGCGCGCGCUCCGGAGCUACGGCGCUGUGUCGGAAACGGCAUGGACCACGGACAAAGGUCACUCAGAUGUGUCCAUGGCGGAGAGCACAAUGUCUCCAGAGGAGAUCGAGGUGGAGAUGACCCGUAUCCAGCGCCUGCGGGAGGUCCUGGUGCGCCGGGAGUCGGAGCUGCGCUUCAUGAUGGAUGACAUUCAGCUCUGCAAAGACAUCAUGAGUUUGAAGCAGGAGCUGAGGCAGAUUGUCGCUGUACCAGAGAAAGAAAAAACAAAGAAGAACAAGCAGCGAGAAGAGGAGCUGAUCCUGAAGAUCCAUAAACUGGUGCAGAAGAGGGAUUUCCUGGUGGACGAUGCAGAGGUGGAGAGAUUAAGGGAGCAAGAGGAGGACAAGGAGAUGGCCGAGUUUCUCACGCUGAAGCUGAUGCCUCUGGAGAUGAAGCUCAAAGCCGCACAAAAUCCUCCAAAGCCCAAGAGACAGAUCCUGGAGCCGCCGCCCAACAAGCCGUCCAUCACCAAGACAGGAGUGGCCAUCAUUAAGGACUGCUGCGGAGCCACGCAGUGUGUCGUCAUGUAACCAGGACUGAGACCUCUGAAGUGCAUCACAUGACAUGACAUACACCACUUCCUGUCACUCAGAGAACCCCCAGUUUAGCUCCAUCGCUUCAGACUCAACUCAGGAGCAAGGUUGUAAUAGCAGAGUGGGUUUGCCAGUAUUUAUUCGUUUUUAUUUAUAUGUAAUAUGGAGUAUGAAAGACUCAAAAAGGUCAUAAUAAGUAUUGUGUCAUAAAAACCCGACAAAAAAUUAGGACAAAUGAACAACCAUCUCUGAAUCAAAUAUAACAGUCUACAAGAAAAUGUGCAUCACACUGCUGAGGUUGGAUGCUGUUAGCUGUAACCUUUCAAAAUUUGCCAGCAGAGAAAAAAAUAAAUACACCUCAUAUGAACCCA